GAAAUACUAUUUGACAAAAGUAAAAAUAAUAAUUGGUGUAACUGUAACCUUCAUCAGUAUGGUUUGUUUAUUUGUGGUAAAGUGUUGUUUUUGAUGUGAUCGAUAAACAUGGCAUUAAGACAGUUUACUUCGAGAUGUAGCAAACCACUAUGGUCAUAUUUACCUGCUUUUAAAUCAAACAGAAUAAUACCUAUUGCAAAAAAUUCUUCGCAACUGAUUGAAACAGUACCCAAAUCUGGUUGGAACUUGCUUGCAAAGGACAAAUUAGUUGCAUCUUCUGGCAGUUCAUUGUUAAAUAAAGAACAACAUACCUCAUCUCUUCAUAAUAAUAAUAACUACAUUGACUUGUUCACAAAUAAUUUGCAUAAGAAAUUCUAUAUGCCAACGAAUACUAUUAAUAAGAUAAAUGUGUAUCAAGAUACUAAUAGCAUUCCUAUAUCUAUCAUUGAAAAUUUCAAUAAAGUUGAAAUAAGUGAUCCUCCUCCAUCAAAACAAAUCAUAAAGAAAGAAGCUGUCCGAAUGAUUCUUAUACGUCGGCGUAAGAUGAGGAAACAUAAGUUAAGGAAAUUGCGCAAACGAAUGAAGUUUGUUUUUGCAAAGAUCAAGUUGAAGAGAGAGCUUCGAAAAGAGCAAGAGUUUCGCAAAGAAUUGCUGUCUCAAGUUGAAGCAGCUGAUAAGUUUGAUGCAAAGGCCUAUGUGGAUCAAGUAUUGCAUACCCUCAGAUAUCAUCCUAAGCCAGAAACUGAGGAUGAAGUGAGAGAGCGGCUCAGAUUGUUAAAGAAGAAAAACAAGUAUCAAACUACAGUUGUUAGACCAAGAUUUGACUAUUAGAAUUAUGUUUUAAGUAAAUUUUGUAGUUUAAAAUUAAAGAAUAAAUUUGUUGCCUUUA